UUCUUCUUGUCGCGGGUCUCACUUAUGCCAGUGUUGAGGGUAAAUUACCCAAGGUCCCUCAACUUCAACGCCUUACAGUUAUUGGCUUUUCUUUGAUUUCUGAAUGGCCGUUACCCGUCAUAGCACUUAAAAUUGUCAUAAUUGUUAUCGCUUCUGCUCUUGGUGUUUUCAGAGGCAUUAUUCCCCAAAUAUUUUACAUUAUUGACCUCUUAACUAUGGUUGGACUUGUGGUUAUUUUUAUUGACGCAUAUGAAGCUAGGCGCAAUAUCGAAAUUGCUAUUCAAUCUUAUUCUGAUAGUCAAGAAUUACCAACGUUUACUAGUGAAACAUUUUGGCAACGCAUGGUCAAUCCACGUUUCAUUCCUGAAAAUGUCGUUCAUUAUGCUGAUAUCAGUUAUGUCACUAAUGCAGAGUCGGAAGAGGCUAAAAAAGAUGGAUUUGAACAAAUCAAUGAUUUGACAUUGGAUGUGUUUGCUCACAAAUCUUCUAAUCUGAAACCAGUUUUGUUAUUUAUUCCUGGUGGUGGAUGGAUAGGAAAGGGCGCUGUAUAUCCAAUAAUUCGUCAUUUGGCUGAACGUGGAUGGGUUGUAGUUUCUGCAAAUUGUAGGCCAAAAUAUCCCGCCCGAUUAUAUGAUGCGAAACGGGCUCUGCGAUGGAUAAAAACAAACAUCAAGUAUUUUAGUGGUGAUCCUGAUUUCGUCGCGGUUGGUGGUGAUGGCGUUGCUGGACAAACUGUUGCUACAGAAUUCCAACCUGGGUUUGAAAAUUUGGACACUUCUGUCGAAGCAUGUAUAUUAAUAAAUGCUGUUACAGAUCUUUCUGAAAAAUAUGUCGAUUCACCAACGACUGAUGAAUCUUUCUUAAGAAAACAUUCCCCAAAGCAUCUUCUUCGAGAGGAUGCAGUUCCAUUUUUAGUGUUUCAUGGUGAUCGUGAUGAUUUUAUACCUAUCGAAUCGUCUAAUCGUUUUGUUGAAGAAUACAAGAAAAGUAUUUGUCCAUGA